AUGCCCAAGAAUUGGAGGAAAAAUCUGCUUGAAGCAAUAAAAUCUGAACCAAAUGUCACCUUCAUUUGGAAAUACGAAAGUGAUGAAGUGGAAUGGGCAGAAGGAGUCGAGAAUAUCCAUUUCUCAAAAUGGGUUCCACAGACAGCUCUUCUGAAUGACCAUCGUUUGACCGCAUUCUUAACUCACGGAGGACUUGGAAGUACGAACGAAUUGGCUCAUCUUGGAAAACCUGCUCUCGUGAUUCCAAUUUUUGCUGACCAAAUACGAAAUGCGAAUAUGCUUGCAAGACAAGGAGGUGCCAAAGUGUUUCGUAAACACGAUUUGGGAAAUCCGACUGAAAUUAAAAAAGCAAUUCAUUCCAUUGUGUUCAAUCAAAAAUACAAGGAAAAUGCAGGGAAACUGGCGGAUCUUUUGAUGAAUCAACCAACAAAUCCAAAGGAACAAGUGGUGAAGUAUGUGGAAUUUGUGGCGAGAUUCGGACCGUUCCCUGAAAUGAAUCCACGUGUAAGACAUCACGGAUUUAUCGAGAAGAAUCUGUUGGAUAUUUAUUUAGUUAUGUACUUUCCUUAUUUUGUUGUCUUUGUUUUAGUUUUGACCAUUUCGAUGUUAGGAUAUUCGAAAGUCUCAGUCAGAAAAGUGAAGAGAGAUUAG